AGCUUGUUUUGGAUUCUAACUUCUUACAUUUUCACCAUAGAAAUCAAUACUAAGAAAAUUCUAACACUGAUACAAAAAUGUUACAACUUUUAUUUGCACUUUUGUCAGUUGAAUUAACAGUAAUUCUAACACUAUCUUUUGCAAAUCCAAUAAGAAAACUAAUGGUGAAGGUGUUAGACCUAUUGAAACGUGGAAGGGGUCCAUUAAUCACAAAAACUGUAGCAACCACUGUUUUUGUGGUGUUUGGCUCCACCAUAUAUACUAUACUCAAAAUUUAUAAGCGUUCAAUGGAUGCUGGGAUGGUUAAUCCAACUGAGGAAGUUCUAAUGGAACAUCAUCUCUUAGAAGCAUCUCUUAUGGGAUUUUCUCUAUUCUUUGGAUUGAUGAUUGAUAGACAGCACUACUAUAUUAAAGAGAUCACUUCACUGAGGAAGAAUAUGGAAAAGGCAAAGAAACUAAGCCACAAUCAUGAAGAACCAAAGACAAGAGACAUAGAGGAAACAGAGAAGAAAAAGGUUAAUUAGGUGGAAUUUGAAAAAAACGUUGCACAAUGCUACAAUCAAUGAAUUACCUCAAAGCUUAUGGUGCAACUCUAAUAGUUGAAUGUAAUACAUGUAUAUAAUAAUUGUACAAUUCAUGUUGUAUUGAUCAUAUAAAUAAUUCAUGUUGCACAAUA